AGUUAAAACAUGUUUUAGUUGUUGCUAAGCGAAACGGGCGGCGUGAUCUGACUGAUGCCAAGAAUACGCGUACACGUGCUUAACUGUUUUGACAUUUGAAUAUGUGCGCGAGGAACAAAUGCUAGGCAGUCUUUUACCACAGCGUGAACCUCCAAUGGUUGCUCUAACCUAACUGAACUGUCUCAUCUCGGCAAAGGUGCUGGUGUGAAAACGAACGUGUCGCCGUCGGAAACAUACACAAUGGCCACAAGGCGAUCGUCUAGGCUACUUAACAAGAACGUUACCCCAGCUUCGGCGCAGAAAUCGGGCAAUGAAGAUAUGGAUGUUGACAGCGAUGAAAAGUACGUAUCGGAUUGUUCUUCAUCAGAGGACGAAUACAGGCCCCCGAAAAAGCAAGACUCGUCGGAUGAGUUUGAGGAUGACAUUCCGGUGAAGAAAAGUAAGCGCAUAGACCUUGAACCUACGCAUGUUUCGGAAAGCUCUGCCGAUGAACCUUUUGAGCUCGCGAGUUUAGGAGUUGACUUGUCUGAAGGUGGUACAUCAAGCGAUGACGAUAGCGACUCACGUGUUGACGCCAAAAAGAGAACCGAAAAGGUGCCUAAGAAGCAAUAUAUACAGGCGGUCAAGAUUCCGAAACUGUCACAAAUAAAAAGAGCGAAUAACUCGACUCUGAACCCGCUUAAUUCCGUUAAGAAUCCAUCCGAAAGAAGGCUUCAGCUCGAAAGUUUACCCGGUUUCAAUAAGUCUCUCCUGUACCAGUCGAAAAAGCACAACCCAGCUGACUCUACCAAUCAAGGAGCUGCACUGCUGUCAAUUCAGAUGGACGAGGUUGCGUUGAAAGAACGUGCGGGCGACGGCAACUCUUCUGAAUCGUUGAAAGACGUCAUCAGUGCUAUGCUACUUGAAAACGAACCACAAGCCUCUUGCUCUUACACUGUAAAUGACGCGCCAAAGUCCAAACAGCUAAAAUCUAAAAGAACUGCCAAAAAUUCAUCAAUAUCGCCUGCAAAACAGCCUGCUUCUAGCCAGGAUGCACGGUCUCCAGUCAAAACUAGAAGCAGGCAGUUUCAAGCUGCGAAGACAGCUAAGUCUUCAGUGUCAUGUGGUAAAAGCAGUAAGAAAGCUGGCAAAACUAGCCACAUGAUGGAAACCCAAGCAAAAGCCACAGCAAAAGUAACGUUGCCAGAGGUAGAGAAACAACACAUGAAAAAUAAGAAAACCAUGCCACAAAGAACAAAGGUUGAGAAAAAUGAGAGCUCGAGUGAAUCUGAUUGGGAGGAAGUUCCAGAAGGAGCAGAUCUUGAUAGCUAUGCACCAGUUGUUCCUGAAAAUGGAAUCACAAUCACACUAAAGGAGCCCGUGAUGACUGGAAAGCGCAAGAAAGCCAAGUUUGAUCCAGUAGCAGAGAUGAGGCGCCGGAUUAACAGGGUGCGCAAGGAAGUCCAUGUUUUGAAACACAAGGUGCAUCUUCUCUGUCUCCUGGCGCACGGUCUGAAGCUGAACAGCCUUAUGCUGGACCAGACUCUGCACGGUGUUGUGCUUUCUUUGCUUCCUUCCGAAUUCAUGGCUUACGCUGGGAAAACAGUCACGCUUCUGGAUGUCGAGCGCAUGUCUAGGCUGUUCACCAAAAUAUUUGUGUGCAAGUUAGGCCCGCACACCAGUUGUCGUGCCCUGCACGACGACCUUACAGUGGCAUUAACAACCAAGGUGGUUCAAAAUGCGAGAGAUUAUGCAUUUCUAUUUCUGGUCAUUGUAAGGUGCCUGCAGAUUGAAGCUCGUUUCUGCAUGUCCCUGUAUCCCGUGCCUCUCGACGCUGUGCAGCUGUUGAAGACUGACGUAAAACCCGGAAGAAAAGCUCCGGAAGGAAACCCGGAGAUCAAAGCUCCUAGCAAAAAAAAGGCUCAAAGGGUGCCCAGUGAAUCUGAUGAGGUGGACAGUGACUUCGAAGUUGCGAAGCCGAAGAAGGCACCAGGCAAGAAAAAGGUUCACAAUGAUUCGUCAGCCAAGAAGUCUGGGAAGAAAGGAAAGACUGCAGAAGAAAAUGCACAUAGACUUGCACAAGACAUAAACGACAGUAUUGAACACUGGGUUGAAGUGUUUACUCCAAAGGAUUCAAAAUGGAUUGCAGUUGAUGUAGUUCAUGGAUCAGUUGGCAGCAUAACGGAGAGCAACAUUCGAGAACCGUUGUACUACAUUGUCAGCUUUGAUAACAGCAACAAGGUGAAAGACAUUACGAGGAAAUACGCCUCAGGUUGGUUAACAUCGGUGAAAAAGAAGAGGAUCGAUCCAAAAUGGUGGGAAGAGUCUUUAAAGCCUUUCAGUCCCACCGACUGUGAGCGAGAGCGUGUGGAAAAUACCCAAAUACAGUCCAAGCUUCAACGGCAGCCAAUGCCUGCAAGCAUUGCUGAGUUCAAGAACCAUCCUCUGUAUGCCUUAAAGCGUCACCUGCUGAAGUUCGAAGCCAUCUAUCCGCCAGAUGCCCCAACUCUUGGAUUUGUGCGAGGAGAGCCUGUUUAUGCAAGGGAGUGCAUUCACACACUGCGCUCAAGGGAAACGUGGCUUCGAGAAGCACGCAUGGUGCGCAUCAAGGAGCAGCCAUACAAAAUUGUCAAGGCCAGGCCAAAGUACGACAAGCUUUCUGGGCAGAUACUUAAGGAGCAGCCCCUGGAGCUGUUUGGCCAUUGGCAGACUGAGCCAUACAUGCCACCUAUUGCCUUCAAUGGCAAGGUGCCCCGCAACGAGUGGGGCAAUGUGGAACUCUUCAAAAGCUGCAUGCUCCCUGUUGGCACUGUGCACCUCAGAGCUCCUGGGCUGGCUCGUGUAGCUUCUAAGCUGAACAUCGAUUGUGUUCCUGCUGUCGUUGGCUUCGAAGGUCACUGCCGUGGCGUCCACCCAGUGUUUGACGGAUGGGUUGUGUGCGAAGAGUUUAAAGAUACACUGAUGGCUGCUUGGGAAGAGGAACAAGCAAACAUCAGCAACCGUGAAGAAGAGAAACGUCUGAAAAGAAUAUAUGGAAAUUGGAAGAAGCUGAUUAAAGGAGUUCUCAUCAAGGAGAAGUUACGGAUGAAGUACAUGAAUGAUGACUGAAGGAGCAUCAAGAAUUUCUCAUUGUUACUUGACUGCCAUAUGUACCACAUUUAUUUCUGCUUCUUCACUUUGCAUUAUUCUCUCAUUAAUCACUGCUACUACACACUUGUAAAUUAUGUACAUAUCUAACUGCACAAUAAAUA